UGCUCGGGGCGAAACGUCAAAACCAUAAACACGUGCGAGUUCCACCGGCUUGAGCAAACAAUCCACGAAAAUUUAGUUAAUUUCUAUUGUUAAAGCGUUCCUCCGUUAUUGUUUCAUUGUAGUGUGCGACCUUUACAUCCCCAAAAUGAAGAUCAAGCAGUCAAAGAAAAAGGAAGACUUCCAGAACAUGUCCCUGGACAACUUCUUGGACAACAUGGAUGCAGACGUGGGAGACGACGAGCCAGAAGCAAAGCCGAAAAGUAAAAUCAAAUCGAACGGUAUUGAAAAGGCCAAAUCCAAACAGGAUUUUACGAGUGACAAAAAGAAACCAAAAGCCGAAGCAAAGCUGAAGAAAUUACCGGCGACCACACAAGAUUCGCAACCGGCAGAAAAUGGGGUUGGGCCGAAAAAGCUCAAAGGCCAGAAAGGCUUACUCGAUGGAAAAAAGAAAAAGGGAGCUUCCGAAGACGACUUGGCCGGUGGUAAUGUAAAUGGGAAAGCGCAAGACAAGAAAGUGAAGGAUAAAAAACUGAAGCCGGAAGUGAAUGGCGGUGAGAAGCGAACGAAACGCAAACUAGCCGAACCGGACGAUUCCGAAGAUGCAGGCGACUCUGAAGAUGAGUCAACCUUGAAAAAAUCUGGCAAAGUUUUGAGAAAGAAGAAACAAGCAGCAGAGGAGCCGAAAGGAAAAAACAAAAAGUCCGAAUCGGAAGCUCCGGUUGCAGUGAAUGGAAAAGCCGCGAAGAAAUCGAAAGGCAAGCCGGCGGCUGCGCUGGAAGAUUCCAACGAGGCGGAUGAUUUAGAAGCAGAAUCGGGUAUGAAGCAGGUGGAAAUGGAGCACAAGCAAGCGCUGGCUAGGCUAGAGUCAACCGAUCCCGAACUGUUCGCCUUUCUGAAGAAGAACGACGAGAAACUGUUGAAAUUCGGACAAUUGGAUGGCAGCGAUUCGGAAUUCGAAGACUCGUCGGAUGAUGAGGCGGCUGACGACGGAGAGGGAGACGUGCACAAGCUGCCGAAGAAGUUGGAAGUGGCCAGCGAUGAGAGUGAUUUCGAUCCGAACGAAGACGAUGAGAAGGAUGACGCUGGUGGAGACGACGAUGAUGAGGAGGAUGGCGAAGACGACGGUGCGAAAGGGACCGAUGAUAGCACACCGGGCAAGAAGGUAACGUUUAAAAUGUUAAAAGCAUGGACCAACGAUCUGACCACUUUGCCGAUAAAACACGUCAACGGUAUCCGGAACAUCUGCAAGGCGUUUAACUCAGCCAUCUACACGGUGACGGGCGACAAAAGCGUUAUUCCGCCGUAUCGCAUAGAAGGAUCUGCGCUGUUCAACGGGAUCGUACAGGCGUGUGUGCUGUACCUGGGCCCGGCUGUCCGCAGCUACCUUUCCCUGAACGAAAAGCGACAGUUCAAGGAUUUGAAGAACGAUAGGCGGUUCAAGAAGAUAAAAGCAUGCCUGAAGACGUAUCUGAUCGAUCUUACCAAUCUGCUCGAGAACGUGUCCUCGUCGCACAUCAUGUCAGUGCUUCUCAAGCACCUGCAUCAAUUUUCAUCCAUUCUUGUGUGCUACCAACCGAUCACGAAACCGAUUCUGAAGCGCCUUAUCGGCAUCUGGAGUACGGCCGAGGAGGAAACGAUCCGCGUGUUGGCUUUCAUGUGCAUCUUGAAGAUUACGCACGCUCAACAAUCCCACUUCCUCAGCAACGUGUUGAAGGUGAUGUAUCUGGCGUACGUAAAGAACAGCAAAUUCGUGUCGCCGAACACGCUGCCCAACAUCAACUUUAUGCGCCGCUCGUUGGGGGAAAUGUUUCUGCUGAACUUCAACGUGUCCUACCAGCACAUGUUCCUGUACAUCCGUCAGCUGGCCAUCCACCUGCGAAAUGCGGUCAUUCUGCAGAAGAAGGAUAGUUUCCAGUACAUCUACAACUGGCAGUACAUCAACUCGUUGAAGCUUUGGGGCGACGUGCUUGGGGCGGCCCAUGCACACGGCGAGGCGCUCGAACCGCUGAUCUACCCGUUUGUCUCGAUCACGAUCGGUGUGAUCAAGCUGAUACCCUCUGCGCAGUACUUCCCGCUGCGGUUCCACUGCUGUCGCAUACUGAUACAGCUGAAUGCAAAAACUAACAUCUACAUACCGGUGCUCCCGCUGCUGGUGGAGGUCCUGCGAUCGCAUAGCUUCAACGAGCAUCACAAGAAGCUGUCCAUGCGCCCCGUCAAUCUGACCUGUCUGCUACGACUGUCGCAGGCCAACAUUCAGGAGAAUGCGUUCAAAGACGCCGUAAUCGAUCAAAUUUACGAGCUCGUGCUGGAGUUUGCGGCCAACGAGUCCGCAUCGGUCGGCUUCCCAGAGAUCAUUCUACCGAUCGUGCUGCAGCUGCGCCAGUACACGAAAACGACGAAACAGUACAAGUACUCGCGCAAGAUGAAACAGUUGAGCGACAAGCUGAUGGAAAACUACGAGUUCAUCGAAAAGCUGCGCAGCAAGAUGGACAUACCGCUGAAGGAAACGGAACGUAUCCGUGCCUGGGAGGAGACGGUUCGGGCCGAUGAAACGCCGCUGAUGAAGUUCUACGCUUCCGUGGCGAAGGAAACCGAAUCGGUGAAACGCCGGGAAGCUACAAAUUCGGAAAAUAUCAGCGAUUACAAGCUGCCGAAGCUGAAGAAGCUGCCGAAGAAACAGCAGGUGAAGCAGGACGGUCCGGUGACCCUGUUCCCAUCGGACGACGAGGACGAGGAUGAGGAUAAGAUUGGUUUCGAGGACAUGGAGGAAGCAGAUGAUGGUGGGGAGGAGGGUGAUGAAGAAUCGAUGUCCGACCUAGAGGCAGAUAGUGAUGAUGAGGAGGAGGAAGAUGAUAUGGGUUCGGAUGAGGAAGACGAAGACGAGGUACCGCAAAAGAACAGCAAAAAGAAAACGACUAAAGGGCAGGGCAAACCGCAAAAGAAGCGCGACGAGGAUUAUCCGGUGGAAGAUGUAAAGGAUGCGGAUCAGGUCGAUAUCGUGAAGGAUUUGAAGUUGGACGAGUGGGAUGAUUAGAAAAGCGGUUGACGUUCAAUCCUAUGUACAAUACGUUGCAAGAAGGUAUAAAUAAAUCGGUUUUAAGGGAGGAUUUCCCUUACUUGUA